UUCUUAAUAUCAAUGUAAUUCAAACUGCAUCCAACACGAACGCCCUCUGAGUAACAGAACCUAAAAAUUAUCCGUGUGUAAUCUUGUAUCGCUUUUCGAGAACCUCCUAAAUCUGGCAAAAAGUGGACAGAAACUUUGAGGACGAUAGUCAGCAAAGAGUCAUGGCACAAAGAUUUCCUGUACCAAAUACAGGGAAUAAUGGCCCACCACCUCAAAGAUAUGCAGCAUCAUCUGUACCCCCAAAUUUACGGCAAUAUUCUGGCCCAAAUUUUCCUAUGCAGCAAAGAUCAGGUUUUACUCCACCUCCCCAAAUGGCAACUGCAGGUCCUGGUACAGCUAGUAUAAUUAGAGCAAAUCAACCGUAUUCAAAUAUGCGUCAAGGACCUAUGCCUACUCCACCAGUUGGGAAGAGAAGUGCUGAUCAACGUAUACCUAUGUCACAACAAAAACCGUAUUUUUGGAACAGUGAUUUUUCACAUUCCACAUCCAAGAAGAAGAAAAAGUUGGCAGAUAAAAUAUUGCCACAGAAAGUACGCGAUCUAGUGCCAGAAUCUCAAGCAUACAUGGAUCUACUUGCAUUCGAGAGGAAGUUAGAUGCAACAAUAAUGCGAAAACGACUCGACAUACAGGAAGCGCUUAAACGUCCAAUGAAGCAAAAGAGAAAAUUACGAAUAUUUAUUUCCAAUACCUUCUAUCCAGCGAAAGAAGCUGGCGAAGGAGAAGAGGGUUCGGUCGCGUCUUGGGAGCUUAGGGUCGAAGGUCGGCUGUUGGACGAUACAAAGAAUGACCCUAAUAAGGUGAAAAGGAAAUUCUCUUCGUUCUUUAAGAGUCUAGUUAUAGAAUUAGACAAAGAUUUAUACGGACCUGACAAUCAUUUGGUUGAAUGGCACCGUACGCUGACAACGCAGGAGACCGAUGGUUUUCAAGUAAAAAGACCUGGGGAUAAGAACGUUCGAUGUACCAUUCUAUUGCUCCUUGAUUACCAGCCUUUACAAUUCAAAUUAGAUCCCAGAUUAGCGCGGCUUUUAGGAGUACAUACACAAACGCGUCCUGUCAUUAUUUCCGCCCUCUGGCAGUAUAUAAAAACGCACAAACUUCAGGACAGUCAUGAAAGAGAAUUCAUAAACUGUGAUAAGUAUUUGGAGCAAAUAUUCGCUUGUUCAAGGAUGAAAUUCGCUGAGAUACCGCAGCGUUUAAAUCCGCUGCUUCAUCCGCCGGAUCCUAUUGUAAUAAACCACGUUAUCAGUGUGGAAGGUACAGAAACAAAACAGACUGCAUGCUACGACAUUGAUGUCGAGGUCGACGACACCUUGAAAACUCAGAUGAACAAUUUCUUACUUUCAACGGCGAGUCAGCAAGAAAUUCAGAGUCUAGACAACAAGAUACACGAAACAGUUGAAACGAUCAAUCAAUUGAAAACGAACAGGGAAUUCUUCCUAAGUUUUGCCAAAGAUCCUCAACAGUUCAUUAACAAGUGGAUCAUAUCCCAAACGAGGGACUUGAAAACGAUGAUAGACGUUGUUGGUAACCCGGAAGAGGAACGAAGGGCAGAGUUUUAUUACCAACCCUGGGCGCAGGAAGCUGUUUGCAGAUACUUCUACACGAAGGUUCAGCAGAAACGCGCAGAGUUGGAACAAGCGCUCGGUAUCCGGAAUUCCUAAACGUGGUCGAAGUACCGUUAACAAUUCAAAGCGUCAUUAUGUAAAGUAUUUAUGCGAUUCCUUUUCUUCUUUCAAUUGCGAAAUCGAAUUAAGCUUGACUCGGUAUUUCUGUGACGUUAUCAAGUGCAGACGAUGGGUGACAUAUUUUUAUGAAUCUCAAGAAAUCAAAGAAUAAGAUGCAUAGUAUCAUUGAUUUCUUGGAUGCAAGUUUAUUUACGCAAUAUAUCUUUAUUCAUGCUGACGUUUCUUUUUUUUUUUCUUUUUUCUAUGAAAAUAUGUAUCACGAUUCGCUACGUGCACUAUAACUGCGAUGAAAUUCUGUACAUUAUAACGAAUAAAACUUUGAUAUAAUUCGCUGAAACGAUCUGAUACCCGACCUCAUGUUGGUAAAUAAAUAUUUUUUCAUAAAUAUGUUUUGAGCAGUGAAUGAUAAUUGUAAAUAAUUAUAUAACAGUAAUAGAAGAGGAUGAAAAGAAACAAUUGGUUAAUUUUUCUUUUAUCCAAUUGUUAUUUUGUUUGUGCAAGUAAAUACAAUCUCUUACAUAAUCAGUACAUAUUGAUGCAAAAUAUUGUUUCCUCAUGGAAACGAUACUAUCGCCAAUUUUAAAACAUAGGGAACAGGGAUAUUAAAUGGUCUAUGGUUUCCUUUUGAAUCACGCGAUGAAUAUGGAAAUUGAAUUUAGCUUUUUUCCCUUACUUAAGGCUAUUGUAGAUUUAAUUUGAUUCGGUAUUACAACAUUAAACAUUCCAAAUGAACAUUCACACGUGGAUGGGAGAUUCCAGUGCCAUAUAGAAUUAACAUUUUCAUUUAGAGACAUCGAAUAUUUCCCAUUUCUCUGCAAACGAUUCACUGAGAAAAUAACCCAGAGAAUACAUCGUUCUCAUGAAUUCCUACGGUUUUCUUUUCUUUUUUAGAUACACCAAGCCGGAACAAGAUUAUUACGAAACAUACUUCGUAUACCGACACAAGCAUUACACGGAUAAGCAUUUUGAUCGUAUUUCUACCAUUUAUCGCGGAAAAGAAAGAUUAAUACGGAAAGAAAAUGAACAGGGGACUUUCGAUGCGUUUGUUUUUUCCUUCGGCGAUAAAAUUUCCAAACUUCACAAUUUCGAUUUGAUGAAACAUAAUUCUAUCGCAAGGUCGCAUACUGUUUUACAACACUAAAUCACAAGUGCACCAAUUGAUUGUAUCGUUUCUAAUACAAUAAACUCUGAUUAAAUUCUGACGUAUUCGUUCGUCACAGUCAUUAACGAAAUUUGUGUUACGACUCGGUUCGUUUAGAACAAAUACGUCGACGAUUGCACUUUAUGAGAUCAAGGUUUAUUGUAUAGAUUUAUAUAUUCCUAAUCUUAAUUACACAUUCACAUAUAUUCCGUCGUAUAAAGUUUUAAAUAUAUAUAUAUAUGUAUAUGUAUGUAUGUAUACGGGUGACAAGACGAGUUCAACGCUUUUAAUUAGACGACAUUAUUCACCUAAAUCGUAUGGAAGUUUUUAAGGGUAAAAAGUCUAAACACAUUCUUCUAUGCCCAUGAGAAAUGUCCACAAAGAUCACGCGUGUUGCCAAACGACGAAUGGCAGGUGAAUCUCUGUACACCCUAAUAUAUCAUAAAUAAUAAUGAUUCGUACAUUUCACUAGUCCUUGCCUUGGAUAAAACUCUCGUUUCUUUGUUCUUCCAUAAUUUGAACUGGGGACUGAUAACGCUACAAUGGUUAUAUUGCUUUUCUGCAAUACCAGGUAGUCGUAGAGCCUCGAACAGUUUCUUUUCCUUUCUUUUCUCCGUGUAGCUUAAAUGAUCACAACUGUGAAUAUUGCUUUACAUUUAAUUCAGCGUGCAAAAAAAAAAAAAAAAAA